AUGUCGAAGCGAACCGCCGACGCCGACCUUGGCGAUGCGCCCCUCAAGGGCGGCGACCGUCCCGAGAAGAUGGACGUCGACGACAACACCAAGGAUAUGGGCGAGUUUGAGGACGAGUUUGAGGAUGAGUUUGAGAGCGAGGACGAGAUUCUUGAGGCUGGUGUUGAUGGAAGACCCGAUGCUGAGCGCGAGGCUGAAGAGAAGGACGCAAUGGACGUCGACCAAGACCAAGGAACCUUUAUCGUCGGCCGAAGCAAACUCGAGCCCGGCCAGACCCUUGCUCCCGAUCUGACCACCUACGAGAUGCUGCACAACCUCAGCACCCCAUGGCCCUGCCUCUCCUUCGAUAUUGUGCGAGACGGCCUCGGCGACAAUCGCAAGGCCUACCCUGCCACCAUGUACACCGUCGCUGGUACUCAGGCCGAGAGCGCCAAGGCAUCCGACAACCAGAUCAUGGUGAUGAAGUUCAGUGGAUUGAGCAAGAUGGAUCGUGGCGAUGAGGGCUCCGAUUCGGAGGACGAUGAUGAUGAGGACUCUGACCCUAUCCUUGAGAGCAAGUCAAUUCCUCUCAACUCGACCACCAACCGUAUCCGCGCCCAUCAGAUCCCCAGCCAAGAAGCUGGACGACCUGGAACUACGCUUACGGCGACCAUGACCGAGUCGACCAACGUCUUCAUCCACGACAUCACCCCUCACCUCGCCUCGUUCGACAACCCCGGAACCACCAUCACCCCCCAGCAGAACAAGCCAAUCUCUACCGUCCGCGCGCACAAGAGCGAGGGUUACGCCCUCGACUGGUCCCCCAUGAUCCCCAGCGGCAAGCUGCUGACCGGUGACAACGACGGCCUCAUCUACGUGACGACUCGCACCGACGGAGGCGGCUGGGUCACGGACAACCGGGCCUUCCAGGGCCACCUGAGCAGCGUCGAGGAACUACAAUGGUCGCCUUCUGAGCAAUCUGUGUUUGCUUCCGCCUCGAGCGACGGCACUAUCCGCGUGUGGGACGUCCGAUCCAAGUCGCGCAAGCCCGCCAUCACGAUGCAGGUGUCCAACGUCGACGUCAACGUCAUGUCGUGGUCCCGUCAGACGUCGCACCUGCUCGCCUCGGGCGCCGACGACGGCGUCUGGGCCGUGUGGGACCUCCGACAGUGGAAGGCCAGCUCCGACAAGCCGCAGCCCAUCGCCAGCUUCAACUUCCACAAGGAGCAGAUCACCAGCGUCGAGUGGCAUCCGACCGACGACUCUAUCGUUGCCGUGGCCGCCGGCGACAACACGGUUACGCUGUGGGAUCUGGCUGUUGAGUUGGAUGACGAGGAGAGCAAGGAUACGGCCGGUGUCAAGGACGUGCCACCUCAGCUGCUGUUUGUGCACUACCUCAAGGACGCCAAGGAGGUUCACUGGCACCCUCAGAUCACGGGCAGCUUGGUGGCUACUGGAGAGGAGUUUAGCGUGUUCAGGACCAUCAGCGUCUGA